AUGGAAAAACAAUUAACAUUACAGACUUUAUUAGAUAAUAUAAAUAAUUCAUACAACACAUUAUUUGAAAGUAUAGGUAGUAAUAAUAUAAAUAAUAGUAACAGUGCUACUAAUAAUAGUAAUAGUAAUAGUAAUAGUAAUGACCAAGAUGAAGAAUUAUUUAAAUUGAAUAAAUUCCAUUUAUAUGGUAGUCUUAAUAUUGAUGAAGUUUAUAACUCAAUUGAUCAACAACUACAAACCAUAAAGUUUACAUGUCAACAAUACCGUAGUUGGGACCAAGAAAGAGAAACAUCUAAAUUUUUAAACACACAAAAACUAUAUCACCAAGCACAGCAACGUGUCAAUUUAAUUUCGAAAACACUAUUUGACUGCUCACUAAAUGGGAAAGUUUAUUUAAAUCAACAACUACAACAAAAUACAAAUAAUGAACAACAACAACAACAACAACAAUCAAAUAAUAAUAGUAACUUGGUUGAAAUCAAAAGAAAACUUGGAUUAUUAAUUGGUAAAUUACAAGAAAUGACAAAUGAACUUAACCAAAAAUACUCGACUUUUUGUGUGUUAGAGGAUUUGCUAAGUUUAUUAAAAGAAAAUGACUCGUCAGAAUUUAACCCAGAAUCAGUUUAUAGUUGCAAUAUUUCAUCAUCAACAUUUUUAUUAGAUAUAUUUAUUUAUGGAAAUGCUGAAAUUAAAGAGGUUAAAUUGGUUCAUAUUUCAUUAUUAAGUGGGGAAGAUAUACCUGCAGAACAAGAAUUUAACGAUCAAUUAACCAAAUCAUUAUCAACAGAUAUGAAAGAUUUUAUUGAACGUGUUAAAAGAAUUUGUGAAUUAGAUUUACUAUUCAGAAAAUAUAAAACUUUUGAUUUACAAAAAGCAUUUUCAAUUUUUCAAAAUGAUUUCUUAACAAUCUCAAAUCUUUCAAAGGAAAAAUAUUUAAAUAAAGAGCUCAAUUUAAUUGACAAAGAUAAAUUAUUAAAGAAUGGAUUUGGUGAAAUUGAACUAGACAACUGUGGUGUAUUAAUUAAAUAUUUCAAUCCAUAUAUCGAUCAACUAUCAAAACAAAACCAAGUUUACUCAUUAAUGAUAGAAAUGGAAAGUGGAGCAGCCAUAUCAUCAGCCCCCAAUGAUAAAUCUGAAUAUUCAAAACUAUCAUUAAAAUCACAACUAUCUCAAGGUUUAACUGCAGAGUCAUUCAAUGAACUUUUAAAUUGCUUUGAUUCAAACCAAUCAGAACCAUCAGAAACCAUUGUAUCCCCAGUUAGAUUAGUUUGUAAAUUAAGUCAACCCCUAUUAAUAACUGUAGAUCACCUAUUAAAAAUUUUAAACUUAACCAAACUUUCAAACAAUGACCAACAACAGCUAAUAAAUUUAAUAAAUAGUUAUAAUAGCAGCAGCAAUGGUAAUCAAGAUAUUGACAUUCAAGAUAAUAGUAAUAAUAAUGAAUAUUCGAUCCAAACCCAACUUAGCAAUACAAAUAAUUUAGAAUCUAAACAUUUUGAUAUAGAGUUAUUUAGUAAAACACAAAGAUAUUAUUAUACAGGUAAUCAUAAUUUAGGUUUAAAGAUUAAUAGAAUCCCAAUAACCCACCCAAUUCAAAUUUUCCCAAUAAUCCAAUUACUCAGACAACAACACACUUUUAAUAUUUUACUUAAAAGCUGUUUUAUUCAACCAAAUAACCAUGGUACUACUAUCAAAAACAAAUAUAAUAAUCAAAACAAUGACAAUAGUGAUAAUAUACCUAUUUUUGAAAUUACCUCAAAUCCACCAAAUUCAAUUAAUAUUAUAUUUUUAAAUCCCACAGAAAUGAAUUUUAACUCAAUUAAUAUAAUAAUUAAAAACAAUGGUGAUAUCGAAUCUCAAUAUUUUGAUAACACCUCAAACUCAACACCUAAUUUAUUAAAAUCUAAUUUAUUCACUAAACUAUUAACAAAAUCAACCUCAAUUUCAAUUUCAUUAUCUAUAUUUUUAACUUAUAAAAAUAAUUAAAUUAAAAUAUUAAUACC